AUGCGCGUACUCGUCCUCGGCGGUUCUGGCAAUGUUGGCAAAUUGGUCCUACAGCAAUUGUUGGCCAGAGGACACGAGGUGAGGGCGAUCAUCCGCACCCCCGAAAACCUACCCAGCAUUCUUUCCAGCGAUAGCAAGUUGUCCGUCAUCAAGGCCAAUCUGCUCGAUAUCAGUAUCGACGACCUUGCAAGCCACGUCCAGGGUUAUGAUACCGUCAUUUCCACCCUGGGACACAGUAUGAACUAUGGGCGCGUUCCUGGGCUCGGAAUCUGGAUCAACCCACACGACUUGGUCGUCAGGGCCACCCAGAUGGUCUGUGACUCCAUCAACAAGGCCCAGCCCACCAAUCCCAUCCGCUUCAUCCUCCUCAAUACCGUCGGCGUGAUCAACCCCGACGGAUCCGAUACACACGUCCGCAGCGGAUUUGAAAAGCGACUCGUCUCCGUCAUGACGGCUGUGCUGCCUCCUUACGCCGACAGCGUUCGCUCGGCCAAUUACAUCAGCAAGGAAGUCGGUACUGGUAGCAAAUAUGUUGAGUGGACUGCAGUUCGUCCCGAUGGCUUCAUCGACGGAGAGAUCUCGGAGUAUAGGGUGUUGGAUUCGAUCCAACACGCGUUUUACGAGCCCGACAAGAUCACAAAGGCAAAUAUUGCGCAUUUCAUGUGCGAGUUGGUCGAGAAUCCGAAGACUUGGGAGCAGUGGAAGUUCAAGAUGCCAGUCCUAAUUGAUACUCACCAACCAUCCAAGGAAUAA